AUGGACUACUACGAUGAGCUCGGGCUCACGGCCUCGGCGACGGACCUGGACAUCAAGAAAGCGUACCGCAAGCUCGCGCUGAUGUACCACCCGGACAAAGACCCGACGGAGGACGCGGCGCUGAUAUUCAAGCGCGUCGCGGAGGCGUACGACGUCCUCUCCGACGCGAAACUGAAAGCGACGUUCGACGUCCUCGGCGAGGAGGGCCUGAAGCGCGGCGUCCCGGACGGGAAGGGCGGCGUCCGCGGCGGGAUCUACGCGUUCGAGGUGUCCCCGAUCUCCGUCUUCGAGACGUUCUUCGGCACGUCCAACCCCUACGCCGCGCUCAUGGACAUCUCCGCCGCGUUCGGCGCGCUCGCGGAGGACGACCGCGCGGAGCUCGGGAAGCAGCGGACGUACGACGUCGGGCUCACGCUCGAGGAGCUCCACGCGGGGUGCCAGAAGACGGUGCGGCACGUGCGACGGAUCCAGGCGCGUUCUCGCGACGACGGCGGCGACGUCGAGGAGGAGGAGCGCGCGCUGACGCUCGCGGUGCCGCCCGGGUGCGAGAACGGCCGGCGGUUCGUGUUCGAGGGCGAGGGGAACCAGCGACCGGGGAUGGAGCCCGGGCCGGUGGUGUACGUCGCCGCCGCGCUGAAGCAUCCGAUCUUCACGCGGACCGGGGAUCAUCUGGUGUACGCGGCGAAGAUACCGCUGAUCGACUCGCUGUGCGGCGCGACGCUCAGGAUACCGACGCUGGACGGACGGCAUUUAUCGCUCCCGGUGACGGAGAUCGUGAACACGGGAGACAGGAAGAUCGUCAAGGGCGAGGGGAUGCCGCGCGCGGACGGGCAGGGCAAGGGGGACCUCGUGAUCGUCUUCGACGUCUUGUUUCCGCGGACGUUGACGCCGGCGCAAAAGGCGCUGAUGCGCGCGUCGUUUUUCUUCCCGGGGAAGAACCCGCCGGCGACGGCGCACGCGGCGCAGGUGGCGUUCUUGAACGCGGCGAACCACGGCACGCACGGGUGGACGCUCGGGUACUCGAAGUGA